AUGGCAGUCAUGGACACGAUUGAGGCCCAGAACGCGACGAGCGUCGACAUCAAGACAGGGCAUCCCAAUGAAGGAACCGUAGCCAUCCGUGUGAAGACACCACCGCCUGGCCUUAGGAAGAAUCGAGCUUUUGUAGCUGGUCCUAGCCCAGCCAAAGGUUCUGGUCAGGAUCGAUUCCGACGGAUGCUUGCCAAAGCACCGGGAGUCGCGGAUGUGGCCGCGAGCACUAUUGGUGCUCCGGCCCCCGAGAUGUCGCAAGCCGCCGCGCGCACCUCUCUCUUGGAUUUCACGUCCCUGAGCGGCCCGAGCUACGGUAGGCAAGCUGGAUGUGAAGGUGUAUCCAACAGUGGAUCUGAUGCUGUGCUAGGGGCUUUCUUUCCUGCUCUCGGCCAAGACAUGAACAAGGGCAACCUGGUUCCAGCUCACCGCGUUGCGGUCAACCCGGCAGUGUACCCGGCCGCGGCCAAUAUGGCACAUGCAAUGAUGCCAUACACGCCGACUGGUGCUCGCGCCCUCGCCAUGGGAGGCGAUUUCCAAGCCGUUGGCAACAACGGAUACAACUCACUCGCACCGCUAGCUACCACUGGAAACAAAGACUGCGCAACUGCAAAUGGCAGAGGCGGCGAUGGGAAGGGUUUUCCCAACGCCCCUCCUUACACUGCACUCCUGAGCGCGGAGUGCCAGCGAAGACGCUUCAACCCGCAGUUCAACGAGUGGAUCACCAUGGAUGGACAGUUCCAGUGUUCUGUCACCCUCAAGGGCAAGAUCAUGCACGACAUGCGAAAAUGGAACUCUCCCAUCGAGGCCAAGCAGGCACUGGCGAAGCGCGCGGUAGACUACGUCCGCACCUUGCCGCUUCCGAGCGGCGAGCCGAACAAGGCGGCCGAGAGGGUGAAGCAAGCGCAGAAUGCAAUCAUCCAGCAUGUCACCCACAAGGAGGCGGAGGAGGAGGAGCGUAGGCUCCUCGCGCGCGUUCAGGCCUUGUUUGGCAACUCGGGCGGCCCCAGCGAUAGUACUCUUCAGGAUCCUGUCGCCUCUCGUGCAUUCUUGGAGGGCUUCGCCCUUUGGACCAAGUUGCGGAACUCGUCGAGUGGCCAGCGUCGAUCGCGCUCGCCACACCGCGGCCAUCGCGAGCGCUCCCCGAUCCGCCGCCGUGACCGAUCUGGUUCCUACGUGAAGCGCGAGUAG